CCGGGACGGAGCCAACGAGGGCAUUCACUGCCUCUCCAGCUCUACCAUCAUGAACGCUAAGAUCGUGUUGUUGUUGUGUGUUGUGGCGGCGACUGUUGCAGACAAGCGUCCUACCUUCUCCUACGCCGCCCCUCAGGAAUCCAGUGAGUCUGUGGAAGACUCUGAAGAGCCCUCCGAGGCGAAGUACGACUUUAAUUGGGCCGUGAAGGAUGACGACUCCGACAACGACUUUGGUCACCAGGAGUCCCGCGACGGUGACAACACCAAGGGGUCGUACUACGUGCAGCUUCCCGACGGUCGCCUGCAGAAGGUGACAUACUACGUGGACGGUGACUCAGGCUACGUGGCCGAGGUCACCUACGAGGGCGAGGCUCAAUACCCAGAGUCUGAUGAGUCUGACGAGUCUCUUGAGGCUCCCGUGUAUGCUCCACCAAGAAGGUCUUAUUUCGCCCCAGACUCAAAUGAAUCAAAAUAAACCCCGAUGUUUAACGUGUCCAAGAUCACCUGGCAGAUGUGCCAAUGGUACAAUUUUUCCAGUUUUCUCCAAGAACUUUGUGCUCAACUGUUCCUCGGGAAUCAUCGAUAACAAUCCUCUUCUUCAGCAACAUCAAGUCUUUUGUUAAGUGUACAAUGUGCUCUUCAAAAUGCCCAUUAUAGUUUUACUAUUAGUAUACCUACAAUGACUUAUCAUUGUUUUCUUAUAAAUUAUUGAUAUGAGUAACUAUUUAUUUAUUUUAGAAGUAUUUUAAUAAAUAUUUUUACUGAA